GUUAUCAUUGAAGUGAAAUUACUUUUAUUUAAAUCACUGUUAAGUGUAUUAUAUACGAUUAAAUUAGCCAGUCUUAGAUUGAGCAAAAUGACUGAACAAAUUAAGUUUAUAGUUAAAGAACUGAAUACUAAUCUGGGGAGGAACUACGAUCUGAUAAAAUUUGAUGCUUUAGAUGAAAAGCAACUCUUGCAAGUGCUUCUCGACUUGCUCGUUAAUUUCAACGCUGGUGAAAAGCUAGACAUCCGAGAAGAUGAUACCGAAACAGUAACAGUGCGUCUGCUAGAAAUGCUCAGCAGCGUCAAGUAUCGUCCUCCCCCUGGCGUAGAGCCAACACUGUUCAGGUCGCAGCUGCUCGCCGGGGACGCGAGGACCAUCCAUCACGUGUUGCACUGGCUUUUGUCAAAUAAAGAACAAGUGAAGAACACUGCGUAUCUCGCUAAGUAUCUGAAAAUUCCAGAUAUACCCUCCGACGUCCGUAGUAAUACAAUCCAAGACUUGUUAGAUUUGUACCAGAAUUUGAUUGACGAAUUCAAAGAUGUCCACAAAAGGACUAGAAUGUUGCAGAAGGAAAAUGCUUCAGAGAUAAUUAACGAUAUCAAAGAGAUGGCUGUUGAAAGGGAUAUUGUGAUAAAGAGAUUGGAAAAUGUCCAAAUCCACUUGGUCGACGUUAGAGAUAAGGAAGAUUUAUUGAAUCUAAGCAAACUUUUGCGUAUACAACAGGAACGGGAAAAGGAACUGGAGACCCAAUAUAACAUGCAACAGUCGCAGUUGAAAACAGCCUCCGAACAGUUGAAGCGUUAUUUGAAUGUGAUCCACGGACAGAGCGCCACACCCAAGACGGUAUCAGAUGUUAUCAAACAUUUACAAGAGGAAAUUCAGUUGAACAGUUAUCUAAUGAAAGAAAAGCUACCGCAAGAGAGUAGCAGUCUUCAAAAGGAGUUGAAUAUUAUGCAAGCGAUUGCAACGGAGGAACAUCCCACACGAUCUGAUGUUAUCACAGUUCAAGAUAAGAUAUCGGCAGUGAACAGUGAAAUAGAGCACCUCGUGCAGCGGCGGCUGGCAGCGACGCGCCCCCAGGAGGACAAGCUGGCGCCGUUCCGUCAACAAGCGACGGUCAUACGACGCAAUAAGGAAGCGAGCGCCGCGAGGGUCCACGAACUCACUGCUACGCUGAAGGACCAUGAGGCUACACUGGCGGAUCUGCGGUCCCAGGUAAAGCAGCUACUUGGUGACAUCGUCCUAAGAGGAGAAGAAUUGAAAAAGUAUGUCAAUACGUUAAGGACCAAGAGUACCCUAUACAAAAGACAAAGAGCAAACCUUUCGACAUUUAAGGUGGAAGCUGGCGUACUCACAAGAACUUUACAUAUCUUGAAUACUAAUGAUCCUACUAUUGAAAUGGCUUUAGUCAAUCAUAAGAAAAUGAAAAUUGACGACGAUGAGAUAGUAGAAAGAGGUCAAGAUAAAACUGCUGAUCUCGCUAAAAAAUCAUUGCAUGAUUUAUCACAGCUUGUGGCACAGACUGCUCAAAAACUGUCACAAGUCCGUCAAGAAAUACAGCCAUUGGCAGAUAACGUAAAACCUAUAAAACUGGAGUUCCAGGAAAUACAACAGCAAUAUGAGCAAAAAAAGCGAAUCUACGAGGCAACUUCCAUUAAUAUAUCGUCUCAAAUGGAGCCAAUAAAAAAUCGAGUCAAAGAGUUGACCGACCAGUUGAAUAAUAAAGAGGAUGAAUGGAAAAACUUACGGCAAAAGAUUACAAAGGCGGAAAGUUUGCAAGAAGUUGUUAUGUUCGAGAUGAAAAACUCUAUGCAGUCGCCGAGAAAACCGUCAAAAAUGGAAGCUUUGAAAAAAAGGGUCAGUGAUGUGGAGGAGAUUGUAAAGAAUUUGGAGGAGGAGCAACGGACCAUAAGCUCUCGACAAGGCGCGGUAGAAGAACAAACGCGACUGUGGCAAAAUACAUUGCAACUGUUGCGUUGUAAACUGAAGGCGAGGGAUGAGCCGGCCACGAGGCAGGAGCGGAUGCAUAUUACACAACAAACGCAAAUGUUGACUCUAACAUAAGUCUCAAUUGUUUGAACUAUCAGUGGCGUAGCGUGGAUUUUCACGGUCCGGGGCUGAAUGAAAUUUCACCGCUUGGGGUUGACUGAAAAUUGGCCCACUCCAACCAUAUUUCAAUUAUUACUUUGAAGUUAAAAUAUUUUAUUCAACGUUCCUGAUUUACAUCGUACAACUUAUUGUACUCGUGAUAAACUACCAUUGCUACCGAAAGACCUCAAAUCUAUGAGAAAAAUUGCCUAACCGAGCUGGCCAAACUAUGCCUACCUAACUAUACAAGCCUGCAGGCUUUGAAGAGAUAUAUUUUCAUGUUAUAUUUUGUUGAUGUGCACAUGUGGACUUCCAAUAUUUUUUUAAUUACAUUUGACUAAUCUCGUAUCUUGCCGCCACCCCCUUUAGGAUGCCACCCGGGGCAUUUCCCCCCUUGUCCACACAUCGCUACGCCACUGUUUUAAUGUAUUUUUACGCACCGUGUGUUGUACACAUACAUUAAAAUAGAUUGAUUUUCGUACUUAUUGUGUAGAUUAGCGUUAGUUCCCGAUUUAAUUUUAUAAAAUUACGCUGUAACAAACGAUGGAAAUAUAAAAAAAAUCUCUUAAACUCGUAAUUAUUUUUGCAAAGUUACUCUCCAUCAAUUAUGUAAAUGAAUAUUGUAGAUACCUUCAGUAAAUGUUAAUUUAAUUGAGGUUGGGCGAUAUUGUAGAAGGUCUUCUACAAUAUAAUUGAGGUUUAAUAUUAUUUAAU